CGUUCAGAUGCUGGGAUUACAGUGGAGGUGACGCCAGCGUCAAAAUUAUUGUCUGCUUCAAAUAAAUCGCCGGAUAAUCCAGUAAUAGACGGGAGAAAGUGAUUUUAAUUACCAAAGUACGUUCAGUAAUGUGUAGUAAUGAGUUUUCUGUCCCCCAUUGCUCCAGGGAGAACAUCUACGAAUGUUUUUUCACGGUUUUUCAACGUUUUGCGUUUUUGUAUAGACCAAACUGUACAUAAUUUGUUGGAGCUGGCGUGUUGAUGGUAGCCAUUGUUGCACAGAAAUUGACAAUGUUGUGACGCCCAGUUCUCUUUGUUACGGUGAAACAAGUGAUAAAAAAUUAGUGAUGCUGGGGUGAAUAUGGACCAGCAGGGACGCUGAAUGUGUUUGUGGAGAUGAAGAGACUCGAAGAGGAGCUUGGACUCAUAUGAGUUGAGAAAAUCGAGGGAAAGAUGGUGGACAAAAGAUUUCCACGGACUGUACAGCUGAUGGAGUUUUAUUGACUGGUGACGACAUGAUAAAUAUUCAAUUUUUGUGAGUCAAAAACGGGUAUUGAGUACGUCCAUAACCUGAAUUAACGCCGUUAUCCUGUGUGCUGGGGUAUGAUUUCCAUUGUUUGGUGAUGGAUGAGCCGAGAGGAGGGGGAGGAUGUCACGCCGCAAACAGAGCAAUCCGAAGCCCCUGAAACGGGAAGAUGAGGAAUGGAGCGACUCCGAGAAGACACCGUCGGUGAGCAGUGGAGUGGACGGUCCUGGCUCGGCUGUAUCCAGUCCAGCGCCGUUGAACCUGGAGGAGGACAACAGCCUGCCACCACCCCCAAGACUGACAAUCCCCCAGAAUCUACUGGGGAACAGCAAUCCUGAAGACUUUCGUUUUCGUCUGUCAACCCUCACUGACGAUGCAAGAAAACGUAUCAACAGUUUUGCUGAGGACUUUGAGAGUCUCAAACGGGGAAUGAAAUCACGAAGCAGCAGAGACACUUCGAAGCCAGUGCGUCCCGACCCAAAGACAAGUUCACCCUCACCGAAGGAAAUCGAUCAUCGCCCGUUGCGACGAAGAGACACUCGUAGAUCCUCAGAUGAGUCAAUUCGUUCAGAGGAUCCAGAACCGAAGAAACUCCGUCUCGAUGACGACUGCAUUCCUCGGCUACGAUUAAAUGCCAGCCUGGCCACUGAUCCAGCCCUUCGUCCAGCAACUGUAGCAGCCCUCACCAUCAAACCCGACAGCAUAUCACCCCCGGAGCCCCGAGCAGAGCCAACUCCACCUCUUCCCCCGGGUCUUCAGAACGCGAUAGCCGCCGGUCGUCUCUUCGUUCUACCAACCGAUGGAAAGGAAUCCAUAACAGUCGAGCCAUCUCGUCCAAUACCACUGAUAUGUCCACCCUGUGGCAUAAGGUUCUCCUCAGCGAGUACCCUCGAGGCCCACCGGACCUUCUACUGCGCCCACCGACCCCGAAUUGACGAUGAAAGUGCCAACGAUGAUGACGAUGAAAAAUCUACAAAAUUUGAAGUGCGAAAAGCUUACGCCUGUCCCCACUGCUCGUACUCAGCCGACAAGAAGGUCUCCCUCAAUCGUCACAUGAGGAUGCACGCCUCAUCCCCAGCACCCGCACCCCCAGCUCCAUCACCAACAAUUCAAACAGCCCCAACUCCAGUUAUAACCAACAACACAACGUCAAAUGGUUCGUUGAACGAAGAGGCCGAGCGUUACUGUCGAAAUUGUGACAUCAGAUUCAGUUCUCUGGAGACUUAUCGGGCCCACAAGACUCACUACUGCAGCACCAGGCACGUCGUCAAGGAUACACCGACACCAGUUUCAUCAGCAAAAGGCUCACCACCAGCAAGCUCAAGCCCUGGGGACUCACCACCACCACAGCCCUGUCUAGCUCUGCCAACCAAUCCCAUCCUCAUCGUUCCAUGCUCUCUCCUGAGGGGCGCCUCGGUCCUAGCAGCUCCUUCACUACCCGCCCCUGACACCGCUUGCUUCCUCCUGCCAAAUGGUUCCCUCCAGCCCAUGACCAGAGGACUCACCGCCAACUCGACGGAGAGCCCGCAGGUGUUGAGGGUCGCUAACAAGAGGGCGACUCCUGCCAGUGUACCACCAGCACCUGUUACACCGACAUCACCAUCAUCCACAGGGUCAUUCCCAUUGGAUCUCAGCAUGAGACGUUCUCCAGUACAUCAGGAUGAGAAGGAGAACAGGGUGUCACCUGCGCCCUCAUCACUCCCCGCACCAGCUGGCAGUCCCAGAUCUCGGGGAAGUGUCAGUCCGAGAACUAGGUCACUACCAUCGAGUCAGAGCUCAUCGGUAGUCGGUGCUGUACCACCCACAGAACUCGCUCUCAGGCUUGCCGAACUACCCCCACCUCCUGUACCCAGUGUUCCUGGUGUACUUGUCAAACAGGGGGUUAGCAGGUGUAAAGAGUGCAAUAUUGUAUUCUGCAGGCAUGAGAACUUUGUUGCACAUAAGAAGCAUUACUGUCAGGCCAGGGAGAAUACUGUUUCUAGUCCACCACCUACUGGUACACCUUCUCCACCACUUGUUCAGCUUAUUUGUGCUGCUUGUGGAAUUAAAUUUGCUUCGAUGGAUAAUUUGGUGGCUCACCAGGCUUUCUACUGUCCGAAGAGACCUGAGAAUCAGGAACAUCAUACCAGGUGUCCAAAGUGCAAGACGAUGAUUGAGGCGGGCAGUACGCACACGUGCUCGAGUGGCCCGACAGGUGGGUGGAGGUGUCCAGUUUGUGGUGCUGUUAGUCCGACAGCAGGCGCCGCCCAGCGUCACAUGGAUGCUCAUCAAGGUGUCAAAGCAUUCAGGUGUACGAUAUGUCGGUACAAAGGGAAUACACUCCGGGGAAUGAGGACACAUAUCAGAAUGCAUUUUGAAAAACGAGGAGCUGAUCUUCAGGAGGAAAAUUACAUUACAUGUGUACUGGACGACGAUGCAACAGUACCAACACCCGAGCCAGCUCCAGCAACAACCCCUGAGGAAAUUUCCACGGAAGUACAAGUGAAUGGCAAAAGUGAAACACGAAAGAGCCCACUUCCAACAUUACCAGCAUUACCACCACCUCCACCACCGCCGGUACAGCAGUCAACGACACCCACUGCUGGUGGUAAAGUCAAACAGGAGAGGGAGGAAACACCACCACCGGAGGAGAGCCUUAAUCCGAACAAAACAGGACCGAGAUAUUGUCGCUCUUGUGACAUAACUUUCAAUUACCUUAGCUCAUUUAUCGCACACAAAAAAUUCUACUGCUCCAGUCACGCUGGUGAAGCUAGUAACAAUAAUAAUAAUUCAAACAGUAAUAAUAAUAAUUCGAAUAGCCACACUACGACGAGCCCUUCGACCAGGACCGAGGCUUCGGUACUUUAAAUUUUUACGUCGUGUUGAGCUGGACAAGUGCAAUAUCAGACAUUGAAUUAAAUUAUUUUGGGCUGCGAUGAACUGUUUUACUGGUUUUUAAAAAUUUAAUUGAUUGAUUAUUAUUGUGUUUAUGUCAAUUGAUGGGCUUGGGACUGCAAUUGUUUGUAAUUAGUGCUUGAAGUUGCACUUUGUUCAGCCUCCACAGGACAAACAUUAAAUUCUGCGAUUGAGUGGAGUGAAGAAAUCCCCUGGGGCAUAAAUUACCAUUUUUUCACUUCACUCGAAGGAGGAGAAUUUUUUUAAACAAUACGAAAUCGAUGGUGAUAUUUCACUGAUCGAGCAACCAUAGGACUGUUAAUUGUUGCCAGUUUAUAAUACGUCAGAACUAAUUUUCUUAGUGAAAAGAUAUAUAUUGCGUGAUUUUCAUUGAUUUUUUUUGUUGAAUCCAGGGAAUUGUUCGUACUUAUAAGUGAAAACUAUGAGAAUCUGUAAAUAUAGGGGGAGAAUUGUGAAUUGAGCAGAUGAGCGUGACGUGGAGAUUGCAGGGUUAAUCGAUCAAAUCGUCCUGUACAUAAAAUUAAUGCAACUAUUGAUACGUAUGACGGUUACAUACGAUUACGAGGGGGCAACGGGGAGGUUCCAGUUUACUUUUCUUCUCCCAGAGGUGGUUUUAAUUCUACCCAAUGACGGGGUAUGCAAUCUCAUGACUUUCGAAAUAAUCUCGUAGGUAGUUUUAGAUUUAUCAAUCGUCAUACCCAAAACAAAUUGGAAUUUUAAAAUCACUGAAGACGUUGGAAAAAUCGUAGUAAUGGACGACGUGAGUGUAUAAUGUUGUACAGUAGAGGGAAAAAUCGAGUAGAGUAUUACCACUUUAACGAGACAAAAUGCGUAUGAUAAUGAUCCUGUAAUGAUACCAAUCUCAGCUUGUGAAUCUGUUAAGUUACGUUGCAAUAUAACAUUUAAUAUAUUAUAUAAAUAUAAAUAAAUUUAGUUUGCGCUCGCAAUAUAUACUGUCUGAAGUUUCCAUGGGCAAGUGAAAUAUGUUAGAAUUAUGUCUACUUUUUUUUCAUGAAACUUUCAUCCUUUAUCAAUUUUUGCAAUAAAAAAAAAUCAUGCAAGAAGCCAAUUGCCUUGCGAGAAUGACUGACAGUUCAACAUAAAAAAGAAUCAGUUACAAAAACAUUUUUAAUUGGAGUGUCUGUGAUCUGAGUGCAACAACUGUCUGUGAACUUGCCCAGAGCAUUUAAUCACCGAAAUUGUAAUCGAAUAGUUAAUGCAUUAAAUAAUAAUCUCGGAUUGUGGCUUAGGCGAGCGCACACAAUGUGUAUAAAUUAGAGUUAAGGCCAGUGUUACAUGUAUACGCAGUGUACUCAUAUCAUAUGGUAAAAAUGAUGGAUAAUAUUUCAUUGAUGAGAGAAAUGAAAAAUUUUUUUGAGCGCAAUUUUAAUGAAAUAAUGUUACUGUUCCUUGGGUAUUUUCGUUGCACGUCCAGUUGAGACUGUGCUCACACUUUCUUUUCCUUUUUUUUAUUAUGAAUGAAUUGUGGAAAUCAUGAAUAAACGCUCUGUGAUUACAUUGAUGAUUUUGACAA